AUGCGUUCUGCAAGGCGGCGCAUGGGCUGGUUGCCAGCUUCUUUCAUCGGGAUCGCCUUCGUGGCUGCAUGCUGGCACGCUGGCGGCGAGCGCUUGUUUCUCUCUGCCUCCCAGAAGACAGGCUCGCUGCGGGCCCCGCCGACGCAUGGAGUUCGCGCUGAGGACAUCAAGGUUGUGCGCUCCUCGUCAAUGAACUACUUGGCCCUCUGUGCCACGGCUUUGAGUGCCGCCGUGUUGGUUCGACGCAGUCCCCCAAAGUCGCGGCCGCGCGUUCGGAUCCAGGCCUGCCAAACCUGUGCCACACCGUCCAUGCAGGCCAAGGCCGGCACGACUCUUCCAAUCUCAAUCGACUCCAUGGAUUUCCCGGGAAGCUCGGAAGCUUUGCCCAAAAACGGCGAGGCAGUCACGGAGGUGCCACCAGUCAUCCUGCCUGCCGACGUAGGGUCUUUUGCCAAAGGAGCUGUUGUCCCCGUGGUCGCCCAAGCUCAGGAGAAGCACCGUGCUGGUUACCAUGACGGUCAACGAGCAAAAGAUCGAAACUACCGCCGACAGGUGGGCUCGCGGCUUCUCGCGCCGCUUGGCGCCGUACCCUUGGCCCUGUCCUUCGACCCGAGUCGGGUGCGCCUGAAGCUCCAGCGAGCAGUUCAGCACCGAUUUGCCACCUCUGCGACCGGAAGGGAGGGAAAGGCACGGUCGCGAUCCGAAGGUCGCUGCAACGAAGGCGGCUUGCAAACUUUCACUAUCAAUAGCAUGGCAAGAUCAUACCUACAUCGAAAAAGCGCUGAGACAUGGAAUUGA